AUCGCUGGCCCAAAGCCGGGCAUAUUUUUAGGCAAUUCAUGGGAACAGUUGUUUCUCAGCCGACACGAAGUAGAGAUACGACGGGUCAAAAAAUAUGGCAAACUAUUUGGAGUGUUUGAAGGAAAGCGAGCGAUACUACAUGUGGCGGACCCGGUGCUCAUCAAACACAUACUGGUGAAGGACUUUCACGCGUUCACAGACCGGCCGCUGGCGACCAAUGCUUUCACUAAAUCCGAUGUCAACCAAAACUUGGGCGCCGCUCGAGGCGAGCAGUGGCGCCGAAUGCGCACCGCAUUGACACCAAUGUUUACAUCCGGCCGUUUGCGGCGCACGUAUCCACUUAUCGGCCACUGUUUGCGGCAAUUAAUGGCUGCUAUGGUUGAGUCGGCCGACGACGGGCGCCCACUGGACGUCUAUAAGGCGUACGAGUGUUACGCCAUCGACACAAUAGCGGCGGCCGCCUGGGGUGUCGAGACAGACGCCGGGCACCGGCCGAACGACCCGCUGGUAAGCAACGCCCGACAGAUCGGUCAACUGCAGGGCGCGCGACGGGUGUUGCUGUGGUUCAUACCCCGGCCGGUGCUCAAAGUGAUGGGAGUAAACACGUAUCGCAACGCACGCGUCGCCGACACACUGCGCGAUCUGAUACGUCAACUCCUGGACCACCGCCGCGGCCAACAGAAUGGCCACGACUUUAUCAGUCAAAUGGUAAGGGCGAGGGCCGGGAGAGUGGCCGUUGCCACCACCUCCACAGUCCCAACAGGUGGUGAUGGGAUCGAUGCAACUAGUUCAUUUGAAGGACACCAUAUUAAUGAAGGGGAUGAACACAAAGAGGCUGUGAAAAGAGUGCUAACAAUAAGCGACAACAAUAACAUGAAUGCACUCAACGAAACCGAAAUCAUCAACAAUUCGUACAUAUUCUUCAUCGCGGGUUACCAUCAAUUGGUGAUAACCCUCUCCUACUGUACGCUUGAGUUGGCGCUCAAUCCCCGCCAACAGGAGCUCCUGUACGCGGAGGUGCGCGCAGUGGCGCCGGAACCGGACUCUGAAAUCCCGUACGACACUCUGGCCACUCUACCCUACUUGGAUGCCGUGCUGUCCGAGUCUAUGCGCAUACACGCCUCGCCCUAUAGGCUGCAACGGUAUGCCACGGCUGACUACCGACUCCCCGGCACUGAUCUGACCAUACGGGCCGGACAAGAGGUACACAUUCCGAUAUAUGCCAUACACCACUUGGACGAGCACUACCCGGAGCCGCAACGUUUCGACCCGGAGCGAUUUAUGGGCGAACGGGGCCGCAAACUAACCCCUUAUACGUACCUACCCUUCGGCGCCGGUCCCCGUAGUUGUGUGGGAAUGCGUUUCGCACUCUUGGAGGUGAAGUACGCGUUGGCACAUAUUGUGCGCCGCUAUCGGUUUGUCCGCUGCCCGGAGACCAACUCUCGGCCACCGCUGGCCAACCAUUUUUUCCUAAUAGUGCCCAAAGAGGUGUACGUUAAGAUCGAGCCCCGGGAGCACUGA